AUGAGGUCGGGUUCCAGGGUCAAGAAAACCCUACAUGAAACUGCAGCUUAUGCCAUAGAACAUUCUGCAGUUGAUAUUCCAAUCCAAUGUCCUACACUCCACCAGAUAGUGGAGACGGGGAAUUUCAAUCUACUUGACCUGCCAUGUCUUCAAACAGAGGUGGAGCGUUUAUUGGCGGCAACUACCCAACGCAUGGCAUGCAUCUCUCACUAUCUGCGUGGGGUGUCCAUUCCGACGCCAAUUUUGCGGAAUCUCGGACUGCUGGAGCCCGAUCCUGACAACCGACCGCAGCAUCCCUCCGAAAUGGCUUCCACCUCUGCAGAUGCAUCCGCACGGAAAAUCACCCCUACUAACGAGGACGACUCGCUUGUGGUUACUCCCAAUCCCGACAAUCCCCUAAGUCUCAUCUUCUCCUCCCAGAGAAAGCAACAGCUACAGCAGCCAUCACAGCAAAAAGGAGAAAGUAGAGAGACUUCCAAAUCACCGACUACGGGCCGUCUUGGUCCAGUAACAUCUCCUCAUGAUAUUCCUAAUCGGUUUUGGGCUCUGAUGGAGCCGUACUGUGCAGACAUCACCGAAUCCAACAUCUCCUAUCUUGAAGGCAUCCUCAAGUCCUACGUGGAGGAAGCGACUACGUCGAAGUACUUCCUGCUUCCACAGUCCAAAUCUCUCAGAGAUUCUGCGGUAGCCGAAUAUAUUUCGCCGAAGCGGCUACGGAGGGAUCUCACAAAAUCCGAAGUCCCCAAUUCAGAUUGCCCUGGCGCACCCCCCAGCCAAGAUCAUUUCUCCGAGGCCUUCAAAGCCGCCUCGGAAAUGAUCUCUCUUGCACGUCAUGUCGAUUCCCAGCUCAAGGAAAUAAGGCCAUCGUCUUCUUCGUCUGUUGAGCAUUUACUGUGUUCUCUGGAGAAGGACCUAUACAAGGACAACGUAUCCUCCGUCCUUCAUGGAGCUGUGGCACAUAUGGCUCAAGAAUUUACAGCGAAGUCCAAAGCCUGCGAGACCGAGGAAGCCUCUGCGUUCCUAAUUACACAGAAUAGCAGAAGUGACUUGACAAGUGUGUGCAGCCAACCUUUGAAGAAUCUGGCACGUCAACUGCAGGUCAGUUCGUCCUUUCGUGUAGAGAAGAAAAUCAGCCAAGCUAGUGAGGAAUUGGGAUUGUUUCCAUUGACCCUCUACCUCAACCACCUCUCCCACCGUCCCGAAAAACCGCUUAUUCACCUGUCUGAGAAGUCAAAUGCUUUACCUAUCCCCUCUGAAAUACAAAAUCACGAGUUGACGACGGCAGUGGAUUGCAAGGAUUCACUCUUGAACGGACUCGAUCAUUCCCCCAAGGAGUUUCCUGCUCCACCUUCACCUCGAUUUAACCGGCGCGGCCAACCCGAUCCGGUGGAUGGACAAAAGUUUUCUACCUCGCAGUCAAACAGCCGUGCGUCGUCAAGGAAUCAGGCAGAGAAUGGCGAAGAAAUGUCGACCACGCCAACGAUAACGACGGACCCAUCGAGUGGUGGUAAUGAGGACACGAGUCCUGCGGACACGGAGAUGGGCGGUAGCAUCUCGGACGCCACUGAUGCAGUCGCACCACUUCGACCGCCUCCUCCACCCUCUGCCACCGAUAGUGGCAGUGGUCCGAGUGCUGACCCCGAGGCGACUUUUGAACCCCUCACUUCUUGCCAGUUGGAACCUGUUAAGGUGCUCAACAAUUGCACCAGCGAGAAAAAUUCUUUCACUAUGAGCUCUUGUCCAGGCUCUUCCGCAUCUCUGGUCAAGUUGGAGGAAGAUGUGGCGCCACAAAAGUGCUCGCCUCGAGGCGUUACGACUUGCAACGGUAACGUGAAAAGGAGUGAAGGUGGUGAUUGGUUCUCUAACAUUCUUCCCCACCUCGAGGACACGGACGACGAUCUCUCGAGUUGUCUGCUCAAUUUGACCACCACCAACGGAGUGGAGGCGGUGGGUGCGAGUGCCGGUAGCAGUACCGACCAGCUGACUCUCGCCCUGCUGCGGCGCCAACGUGAGUUGCGUCUAGUAUGUGCGGCGAACCACAACAUCCUCCAUCGACUUAUUCAGGCAGCGCGGAGAGAUCUACAGCGGCAGGAGAUUCAACGACGCCUCGCUAUCGCUGAUGCCGAUGUCAUUGAGGCGUACAACAAGCUGGAGAGCUACAAAGUGCAAAAGCGCUCAGCACUGAAGCGAGAUCGGGAUUUUGCCUGGAAGACACUCAAGGAACGCCAGAAGAUUCGAGCCGAGCUUGACGCCUUCGAUAAGAAACCUCCCUAA